AUGCUCUCAGCGUCGCAGUUCCUCAAGCACCGGGUCUCCUGUCUGCCCAUGCUCAACAAGGUGGAGUCAGAUUCGACUGACGGAGACCCCGAUGACGCCUGCCAGCAUCCUCACGACUGCAACAUCUUCUCGGUGUUAGUCAAUGGUGCCACAGACCGAUUGGAGGGUUUCUUCGACGAGUCGGACGAGGAGGACGGUGAUGAAGUCGAAACACCCUCGACCACCACCACGGCAGUCUCGCCUUCAGCGACCAUGUCGGCGCCGUCGCCUACAGCCACCGCCCCGACUCCUCAUUCAGGCACCCAUACACCCAAGUCGCCACUGCACUCAAUCUCGCACUGCCCAUCGUUCAAUUCGGUCGCCCAGGCGCUGCCUCACUCUCUGUCGCCUCACUCUCUCUGUCACACUUCUUCUCACGAAGCCAGCCGACGCGGCUCGGCUGAACAGCCCUCCCGAACACAAAGCGAGCUUGCUCGUCGAAUCAAGACGGAAAACAUUCUCAACUCGUUCCACGACUCUCUGGAAGCCGCCUACGAAAAGUGCCAUGGAGGAGCCAACCCUGAGGAGCAUCAGUCUAACAAGACCGAGUACUUCCAGCAGAAACUCAAGGGCUUUGCGGCACUGGACGUGGACGAGCAGUUGAUUGCAGACUACCCCGUGUGGUUGCUCAAGAAUGUGCUCAUCCAGGGCCAUCUGUACAUCACCGCCAAACACAUGUGCUUUCUGUCGUAUCUUCCUCGACGUCAGAAUGCCAACAUUCGCUCGGGUACCCUGGUCAAGGCUCGAAAACGGUCUCUUCGAGAAGGCACUCGAUACUGGUGUGUGCUGAAGAACGACUCCUUCUCCUACUACCCCGAUUCCACUGACGUUUACUUUCCUGCAGGUACAAUUGAUCUGUCUGAGGCCCUUGCAGCUGAGCUGUGCGAUGACGAAGGCGACGUGACCGAGCCUGAGUCGUUCCGAAUCGUCAUGCCCAAGAAGUCGGUGCUGUUCAAGGCCGAUUCUCACUCUGCUGCCCACGAGUGGGUCAAGGCUCUGCAGAAGGAAAUCUUCCGAGCCCACAACCAGGGCGAUACAGUUCGUAUCGUUAUCCCCCUGCAGAACAUUGUCGAUCUGGAGAAGACCAAGAUUUUUGAAUUCGCCACCACCAUCAAAACAUCUGUGGUGGAGUCCAACGAGACGUACGCCAUUGACGAGUACAUUUUCACCUUUUUCAAGUUUGGUGACGAUGUUCUGCGAACACUGACAGAGAAUGGUGUUGAGAUUAGCGGCGGAAAUUUCUCCCCACGACAAUCUCAGCUAGCCGUGGGACACAAGCACGUGACUGAGUCUGUUCGAGAUUCCACGUUGCUCCAUGCCUCUGGCCACCAUCACCAUUUCUUCCACUCGGCGCAUCAUGAGAGUGAUGGCAAGUCUAACAGCAAGAGCCAUACAUCCUCUAGAUCUCACACUCCUCGUAACCUGACACCCCAGGUCACUGGUGAGCAGCCUCACGAGAGGGACGAGAAGAGAGACAGCAAGCUGCCUCGUUUGCCGAAGUUUCUGCGACGGUUCAAGGACAAGGUGGAUGACAAGUGUGACGACAAGCCCACACUUGUGCCUUCAUUUCUCAAGUCGCGAGCCUCUUCUCGUCGAAACUCCGCCGAGGGAAGUGACCGACCCAAUCUGGCCUCCCAGCGAACCAGUUCUUCCACUCUUUUCCCCUCUGCCCCUCCUACUCCUGGAUCUCAGCCUACCACUCCUGGAGUGCAUGCGCCUGGAUCGUCGACCCCGGGUGGGAGCUACGGCACCACGACCCCCGGAACUCCCGCCUCGGCCGACUCGGUGUCUCUCGCUGGCACCCCCGGCGUCGCUGCUCCUGUGGGCGACAUUGAGGGCCUGAAUGGCAACCCCAUGCCUGCUGGUAUUGCUGCCGAGCUCAAGGAGAAGCGAAAGAGCGGAGGCGCUACUUCUUCAGGCGCUGCUACCGGUGCCACCACUCCCGGUGGCGCUGCCGCUCCUGGUUCUACUGGAAACUCUUCUCCUGGCACUCCUGGUGGUCUUGGAGGCCCUGGAGCCGUUGGAGCCGGGGGCCCAGGUGUCAUGGGAGGCGCUGAAUCUGCGCCUGCAGGCACUGUUCCUCAACAGUCUCAUCACGCUGGAAUUUCUGUAGUAGCUCCCCACGACCCUGCUGCUGCUGCUGCUGCCGCCGAUGCCGCUGCUCCUUUCACCAGAGGCCCUGGUUCUGGCAUUCCCGAGAUUCAGGACGACUCUGACUCGUCCGACGACGACCACUGGGGCCAUAUUGGUACCGCGGAGGUCGACGAGGACCCUGAACAGGACACAUUCAAGAAGAAGAACAAGCGUUUCUCCACGCUGUCCAAGGUGUCUGAUCUGUGGUCUGGAUCCACCAAGCACUACGGCAAGCACCACACCGAGCGGCUUGGAGAUGAUGACGACAAGCAUCUUGCUUCUGCAGAAGAGAUCACCGAGUCCAACGAGCGAUUCCAGAAACGGUUUGCCUUGGGCACUGAGGAACGUCUGAUUGCCUCGUACCACUGCCAUCUGCACCGAGGCGGUAUUCCGACUUACGGUAAGAUGUAUGUGUCCACCAACUACGUCACUUUCCGGUCUUUCCUGCGAACCAAGACGCUUAUGAUUGUGCCUCUCAAGGUGGUCGAGAACGCCACCAAGGACUCUGGCUUCAAGUUUGGCUAUUCUGGUCUGGUUUUGACCAUCCAAGGCUACGAGGAGAUAUUCUUUGAGUUUGCCUCGGCUUCUCAUCGAGACGACGCCGAGGUGAUGCUGCUGCGUCAGCUGGACAUCAUCCGACCCCAUAUCAACGAUGAUAUCAAGUCCGACGACCAGUACAUGUUGCAAAGUGCCCGACUGUGCACUUAUGAGGACGCUCUCAAGGCUGAGGCUAAUGUGGAGAUGCCUCCUGUCAUUAUUGACGGUAAUUUGGCGUCGGUACUGCCUGGUCUUGUCACUCCUCAGUCCAAGAUGCUUUUCACUUUGUUGACCAUUGGUUCAAGAGGAGACGUGCAGCCUUACAUUUCCCUGGGUAAAGCCCUGAUCGAGGAGGGCCACAGGGUGCGAAUUGCCACGCACUCCGAGUUCAAGGACUGGAUCGAGGGCUAUGGCAUCGAGUUCAAGGAGGUGGCUGGUGACCCCUCGGAGCUCAUGAAGAUCAUGGUGGACCACGGAGUCUUUUCCGUGUCUUUCCUGCGAGAUGCUGCCUCCAAGUUCCGAGGCUGGAUCAACGAGCUGCUGGCGUCUUCCUGGGAGGCCUGUCAGGGCUCUGACGUGCUGAUCGAGUCGCCUUCAGCCAUGGCCGGCAUCCAUAUUGCCGAGGCUCUUCAGAUCCCCUACUUCCGAGCCUUCACCAUGCCCUGGUCUCGAACUCGAGCUUACCCUCAUGCGUUUAUUGUGCCCGACCAGAAGAUGGGAGGCUCGUACAACUACCUGACCUACGUCAUGUUUGACAAUGUCUUUUGGAAGGGUAUUUCUGGCCAGGUGAACCGAUGGAGAAAGAAGACGCUGCACCUCCCCAGAACCAAUCUGGACCACAUGGAGCAGAACAAGGUGCCCUUCCUAUACAAUGUGUCGCCUGCAGUUCUUCCUCCUCCGGUUGAUUUCCCCGAUUGGAUCAAAAUCACCGGCUACUGGUUCCUGGAUGAGGGUUCCAAGGACUACACUCCUGAUGACAAGCUUUGUCGGUUCAUGGAGAAGGCUCGAAAUGACGGCAAGAAGCUGGUGUACAUUGGUUUCGGCUCCAUUGUUGUUUCUGACCCCACAGCGCUCACCAAGUCAGUAGUGGAGUCUGUUCUGAAGGCAGACGUUCGAUGUAUUUUGAACAAGGGAUGGUCCGACCGUUUGGGCAAGAAGGAUGCGAAGGAGCCUGAGAUUCCCCUUCCCGAGGAGGUUCUCCAGAUCACAAACUGUCCCCACGAUUGGCUGUUCCCUCAAAUUGACGCCUGUGUGCAUCAUGGAGGUUCUGGAACCACGGGUGCCGGCCUUCGAGCAGGUCUGCCCACCAUCAUCAAGCCCUUCUUUGGUGAUCAGUUCUUUUACGCCAACCGAGUGGAAGAUCUUGGAGCCGGCAUCCAUCUGCGUAAGCUCAACGUUUCGCAGUUCUCCAAGGCUCUAUGGGAGGCUACACACAAUGAGCGAAUCAUUGCCAAGGCUGCUGCUGUUGGCCGUCAGAUUCGAUCUGAGAAUGGUGUCAUUAGUGCCAUUCAGGCCAUUUACAGAGAUCUGGACUACGCCCGGUCUCUGGUGCAGAAGAAGCGAGGCUACACUCCUACCAGCGACAAGGAGGAGGAGACGUGGACUUUGGUGGACGACAUCGAGAGACAGAUGCAGGACGAGGUUGAGAAGCAUAAUCUAUAA